AUGGCGAAGGUGUUGAAGAGUCCGGAAGCGGAAGCGGGAGCGGGAGGAACUGGGUAUUCCACUUCGAAUACAAUCGGCAGCGGCCUUGUGAGCAAAACGCCAUCGCGGCCUUUGGCCCAGGCCUCCAUCGAUACCAGGACCGGAUUGCUGACGCCCAAGUCAGGGACGAAGAAGAGGGGCCGUGAUUAUGAGCAGGGCUAUGGUUAUGAGCAGAGCUAUGGUUAUAGCGAGCUGGGAUCGCCGAGCAAGAAGAGUAGGGUGGAGGGUGUUUCUAUUAAAAGAGAAAAUGAAGAAGAAAUGAGUGGCGAAGAUGACUCGUUUGGUUGGGAUGACGAUAUAGACGAGAACUUUGUGGAGCAGUUUGUGAGACAGGAGAACUCACGACAGACACAGGAACAAGAUAUCUUUCGACCAAGUACUCCGCGAAAAAACCCUGGGUUGUUUCGAGAUGGACGGGGUUUAUUUGUGAGCAAGGACGAGGGUGACGGUGCCCGUGGUACUUGUCGGGAUGGUAGUGCGCAUGGUGAGCGUAAUAAAGAUCCAGCAGGUCUGGAUGAUCCUUUCGGACCCGUCCCCUCAACUAGAUUAUUUGCUUCAUACCAACGUCCCAACCUCACACCUUCCACAUCCCUUCCCCGAUUCUCGACGCCAAAAACAACAUGCAGCAUCUUUACAUACGGACAAGAUACAGCAAUAACCCCACCUCGUACCACGAUAGCGAACCCCUCCGAUCUCGCUUCCCCACCAGCACCAACACCAAUCCGCUACCCCUCCACACCCUUACUUCACAGCGAUAACAUACCCUCCGCUGUCACCCCAUCUGUCAUAUCGCCUACCACCACAUCUACAAUCAGCCCCGAGAAGACCCGAACAAUCGUUUCCAAUACCUUCGCCGUACUCUCCAAGCAUGACAUCGUCUUAUCGCCCGCAGCUAAGCGGGAGCUUGUUACAUUGCUGAACACGGAAUAUCUACAUACGCAGGCAAUUAUUAAGGGAAGGGAUGUUUCGCGAGCCGCUGUUCGGAAUAGAGAUGCGCAGAUACAGACGCUGAGGGGAAGGAUUGCGGUGCUUGAGGCGGAAAGGGAAGGGUUCAGGCUUGGGAGGUUGAGUAGGGAUUCGGCUAGAUUUGAAAGUCUGGAAAGAGUGGAGGAGAGGGAUGAUGGGUAG